AUGAUUGCCAAAAACUUUGGUAAACCGGAGGAAAGCGUACUCGCACCUACCGAGCAAGAACAUCAAAUGGACUCAAAGGUCUCACUUGAUGCUGAAAAAUCAUUGAUUGAUUCACCAGAGCAAAUAUUUCCCUCUAUUCGAUCAGAAGUAGACCCUUCACCAGUUUUUGCUUGUCCUGAAAGUGGUUUUCGAACCUGGCACGCGCAGUGCAGCUACCAAAGCCCGCAGAUUGCCAACCUCUUUCCUGUAGUCGACGACAGUCUUUCCACCCCCCGCAAACCAGCCAGUUCGAUCUCUGUUGAUGGUCGACAAUCGUUGCCUGAUAUUCAGACAUUUUUCGCGCUUUGGUUCAGGAUGACAUGCUCAAAUUCCUUGGACCAAACAAGUGUCGACUUGAAAUCAUCAGCUCUCUCGUUCUUCGCCAAGAACAUGACACUCUCGCGGCGAUCCUUUAGUGGUGAUGCUCAGGGUUCUCGGGCCACUUCUUCGCCGGCUUGCCAAAAAACGAUUCCCCUGGAAACUGUCAUUGUUGGGUCGGACCGGUGCUCAUCCGGACGCCAAAUUGUUGAUUGGCUUGUCUCGAGCUCAGGUGGUAGACUCGAAUCACGCGAGAGAGCUUGUGACCUUUGUGAGGCCUACACGAAAGCCUCUUUCCUUAAACCCCUGGGUAACAUAGGCCCUCUGGGAAAGUUUGUCGAUGGUUCCCAGCUCUAUCGAAUACUCGAGGAGUGUCAGAUGGACGAUAGUCCACGGUUGUCAGGGCGAGUGCAGUCGGUUGGUAGUGGUUUCGACGCUCUCAGGCAUCUCUUUAGACGCAGCACCUUGGUGACUGAGUCGGUUGCGCUUUCGAAAAUCAAGGAAGUCUCUUCUCAUAAAGAGUCUGCGGAUUCGACCUCUGUCGUCAUGGUUAUACCUCUACCAGAGAGUUUGGGUCAGGCAGGAACUGAUAGCGAUGAACCGCAAUCUCGAAUAGAAUCGGCACCUCCUCAGAGGAUUUCUGUUGAACCGGGAGAUGUCUACGCGCAUUACUUGGAGAGAUUAAUCAGACAGGAGACGCGGGACCAUUAUUUAUCGCCUGAUUGGAAUGCACUUAUGUUUACGACUGUGCGUAUGCUAUGUGAUGACGUGGAGUUAAACCUUCGGAGCGUCCUGCUUAAAAAUGUGCAAAAUCGUCGCAAUGGCUCACCCUCCUUCAACCCCAGUCAACAGUGUUCGCUGAUUGACAAUAUGAUGUUACAAGAAUUCUGCCCCCCUAAAUAUUCUCCCAUGAGCGUUUUGCGGUUUAUCCAUGUUAAAAAGGAGGAGGAGUAUUUAGGGAAUUGUGUCACCAAAAUCCUCUCCUUCCGACCAACUGUACUCAUUACAGGUGGCGGAAUUGCGAAUAUUGCGCUAAAUAUGCUUGUCAAGUCGGGAAUUGCAAUUUUUUGCAAUGUGAAAAGGCCAGUAUUGGCUCGGUUAGCUUCAGCAACGGGAGCCGAGAUAAUAGCCUCAACUGAUGCCUUUCUGAGUGGUUCCUAUGAUGUCUCUCCCAAGCAUCCUACAUCUCCUGUCGGCGCCUGUCGAUGGUAUAAAUUAUUGACCCUACCCCAACCCAACGGUACUAGAAAACCCGUUUGCAUAUUCAGCUUCACUGAUCUACCCGCAUUAGACACAACGCCGCCUGUGAGUUGGUUCCACGUUCCCGGCCUAAACCUAGUACCUAACAUCAGUAAAGAGGAAGAUGUGAAGAAGGGACCUGAGGGCAAAAUCACCCGCAUGCCCACCUACUCCGUCUUUUUACGAGGUCCAGACUUGGCCACUUUAAAAUUAGCAAAGCGCUGCCUCAAAUUAGCCCUCUUGAGCUGUUUCAAUGCGCGUUUGGAGACGGCUUAUUUGAACGACGCACAAAUCGUGCUCACUGGUGAUCCUUUUGGUACCUCGACUCUCAACAGCUGUGAAUCAGACGACUCCUAUUCUUCCUCCCUGGCGCGUCAUCUUUGUGGACGUCUCUUUAACCUCUCCCCCUUAGUUACAACCAAGCUCCCCUUCCUGGCAAGUGUCGAAGGACGUCGCAUCCCCCUCUUCGAUUUCUACUUCUACCUUGUCGAUUGGCCGGAUAAGAGGCGUCUGAACGAUUCGUUAAAGCAGAAGGCGGUUGUGAUGCGAGCAAAGAUUUACGCCAGCAAAAAACCACCCUCGAUGUAUACCCUGCCUCAACAGGACUCAUCGUCAUCUCUCUCUGCACCAGAUCGUCUUUGCUCCGAGGACGAGAAGGAGUCGAUGAUUUUGCGCAGGUGGACAGGAAUGGGCAGAAUCAUCGCAGCAAAUGCUAGUCGAUCUAAAAAAGCAACUAAGACUCCCUCUCUCUCUUCAAGGCCGGCUGUUAAGGCUCCUGUUAAAUCGCGUUUUAGGCCUAAUCAGUCCACCCCACCACUCAAGAGUGCUAGGUCCGCCUCCCUGCAUGUAAACAAGCGCCUUAGCCGAAGCAUUCGCGACGCUCGCUCGCACACCCUAAUGCAUGUUCUGCGCAGUGUCUUCUCUCUCACCUCUGUUAUCUGUCCUGAUCCCUGCCUCCCGUCGUGGAUCAUGGGCAUUGACGUAUAUGGGAGCAAUGAUCUGCCCCUAGGUGCCUUUCUCGAACACUUCUGUUUCAGGAAUCAGAGCUGCCUGAAUCCAGAGUGCAACACUCCAAUGUUGGAUCAUGUACAGCAUUUCACCCAAACUACUGGUUCAGUGAAACUUACUCUACAGACGGUAGAACCGAUACAUUUGACACAUUCUACCAAUGCUUCAACACCAAUCGUGAUGUGGUCCUACUGCUCGGCCUGCAAGCAGACGUCACAGGCACGACUUAUGUCUCUUCUAACCUGGCACCUCUCCUUCAUGAAAUUCAUAGAUUUCCUCAUCAACUCACCAUCUUGUCUGACUCACAAGUCCUCAAUCAACGGACCUCUUUGCUGUUCUGCUAAGAGUCUGAGCCACUGCUUCAGUUUGGGUCGAGUACAGGCUACCUUCUGCUAUCACCCGAUAGUGAUCUUUGAGGUCUGUAUGCCGCCAAUCACGCAAAGGGCACCCUCCGAGUCGUCUCUGGUAGUACCUGACGCAAGCGGAAUCAGUAAGCAGGGGAAUUCCAAGUUGGUGAAUAAAGCAGAUGCUGUGAUAGAGCCUCUUGAAAUGCCCGACUUCCUCGAAGUUGAAGUUCACGCAACCUUGAAAAAAUUCUACGAACUUACAAUGAUGGUAAAACAACAUUUGAUGAAUCUGUGGAAUGAUCGACAAUGCGAGAUUUUAACACAUUUGCUGGAAGUGUUUGAAGAGACUCUAAAUUCUGAGUGCACCGAAACCGGGAUCAAAUCACGCGUGGAGUUGCUCUCCUUUCUCUUUGAUAAUCUCUCGAAACCACGUCCCUCCUUGCAGCUGAGAGAUGUGCAAGCCCCACCCACUUCCACUCCAUCCACCGAUAGAAAUCUGGUCGAGGAGUCGGCCACCGACCGUACUAUCUCCUCUGGCAUUGAAUGCCAACCACUGUGGAUGUCAAGGCUUGCUGCAUUUUCAUAUGAAGAGAAAAUCACGUUGACAUUUGCUCUGAUGUACCUUAUAAAGCGAUGGUUAUUCAAUUUCGCCAAUGACUGGAACGCUCGCAUCUGCCAGUACAAUUCAACGAUGAGGAUGUUGGAGAAAGCACAGAGCAAGCAACGUAAACACCGUCCUCCUCCUCAAGCCUCGACCGAUGUAUCCAUUGAUGCUGGAGGUGGAAGGUCACAAAUUUCUGAGCCAUUUUCGGAGACAUCUCCUUCGUCCUCCAAUUUGGACCUGGCCAUGGACGAUACUGAAACGACGGACAGUGUUGGCGCUUCGCGUAAAGAUAUUGGCGAAGGCUCCUCCAUGACAGGCACCAUUCCCUACACCCUGCUUGAUUUCCUACUGGCGAACAGAGCUACAGCAACCAAAGUUGAGACUGUGAAACGGAUCUUUACGGCCAUACUGCCAGGCAGCAGUGAGCACAAGGUCUGCCCCGAGCCUUGGACUCCCAGCGAGCACCCCCAAAUCCCCCCACCCAAUUGCCGCACCCCUCUGCUUCUCGCUCUGGCUCUGCAACCGCCGGCUCAGCAUGUGGAAAGUGGACAUUUUGAGGCUCCUGACACCACACCGAGACUGUGUGCUAAUGAGAAGGUGGUUGAAGAACUGUCCAAGGUUUCCAUCCUCGAGACAACCCCAGACGUAUACAUUUCGGAUCAGGAGAUCACCUCCAUCAUCGCCUAUGGGCUCGCAUCCUUUGAACUCCAGGUCACUGGUACGGAGGAGAAACGUCUAACUGGGGCUUCAAGUUCCGUCGGCUUGAAGAGAAAGGAGAGUGAUUGUUCUGUUCGACCGCCAGAGGAAGCAACAGACAAUGCAAAUGGUGAGGUAGAACUCGGCACCAGUGUAUCGGACGAUAUUAAAUCGGUCAAGACAUGCAGUACUGCCCUCACCGAUCCACACAUCGAGAUCCAGUUUGCGGAUGCAUCUACCACCUUCUUUUGUCGAAUCUACUAUGCGGAGGAGUUUUAUCAAUUGCGAAAACUGGUUCUACCCCAAGGCGAGAUGGCUUUCAUUCGUUCGCUUUCACGAUGUCGCAAUUGGGAUGCCCAGGGUGGAAAGUCUGGGUCGUGUUUCAUGAAAACCCACGAUGAGCGUUUUGUGGUGAAGGAAGUGUCAAGCAUUGAAAUGAAGACCUUCCAUGAUGUCAAGAAGCAGUACUUUGACUACCUCAUUUCCGCUGCUUCUAUGCAGCGUCUCUCUCUCCUCGCACGCAUCUUUGGCAUAUUCCACAUUGAUUACAAAAACUCCAUUACUGGUGAUGCACGUCGAUUGGACGUGCUGGUGAUGGAGAACCUCUUCCACAACCGUCCUGGUAUUACGCACAUCUACGACUUGAAGGGCAGUCUGCGUGGUCGACUUAUCGCAAACACGGAGAGCCCUACGGUUGAGGUCACGUCAGCCACUACCGCCACCACCUCCACCUCUGCUGCCACUGCCAACACUUCAGAUGCUGUGCCGCGGGGCACUUGGGGUGAGGAGGCUACAGUUGCGCGGGUGCCUGUGCUGUUGGACCAGAAUUUCAUCAAUGAGUCCCUGGAGAAUCCCAUCUACCUGCGGUUACACUCAAAGAACGCUCUGAUGCACUGUCUCAGCAUGGACACCCAAUUUUUGGCCGAUCUCUUCAUAAUGGACUACUCUCUACUGGUGGGCACGGAUCGGAGGACGGGUCUACUGGUGGUGGGCAUAAUCGACUAUCUGCGUAAAUUUACACUGAACAAGCGGCUGGAGAUGUUUGUGAAGCAGACAUUGACCAGUGUGCAAGGUCCCAUGCCCACCAUCAUCAUGCCUGUGGACUAUCGGGAGCGUCUGCUCGAUCAGAUGGAGCGUAAUUUCCACCUCGUGCCCGACCAGUGGUACGACUCCCCUGCUGAUCAUCGAGAAGUCUGGAGACUGUAA